GACCGAAACCUUUGUUGUUCGGCGUGACGUCAACACGUUCGAACGUCACUCUGGGGAGCUUGACGUUAGCAUAAAGCAAAUGAUGCCAAGGCGCGAACCCGUUUGAGCUUCCAAGGUACGUCUUCCCAUUGACAUCGAUUCUCGCAGUACUGUAAUUGCUCAUGAUUUGUCAAGAUGCCCCGAAUGGACAUUUCGGGACACACGGUCUUUUUUUUUUUUUGCUCUUGACUCCAAUUACUGGAGACAAAUUCAGUUUUAUCAGUCUUGUGCACUUUUUCUCUCCAAUAGCUGUAAAGAUGUUUUCCUGAUCAUUCCAUGCUGUACCUUUUUUUAAAAAUCUGUCAUGCGUUCUUUUCGCAUCGGUAUUAUUGAUCUUUGAUGGAUUGUUAUUUGCCUUUCUUGCACUUUGUCGCUGACCAUAUGCAAUAUUGUCCUUAACGUUCCAUGUCCUUUUGCAUGAUGUACCCUUUUUUAUUUAAAAAAAAAAUAACUGAACGGGUUGCUUUAAUCCUGCUGAACAGAUUCUUAAAUUUUGUAUACAGACUUUUUAUGUUGCCUGUUAAUUGCAUUUUUACGCAUUUGCCCUCCUGAAAUAAUGUUCCUGAUCAAUCCAUGUCAUUUUCCACACUGUACAGUUUUUAUAUACUACAUUGUUUUCACCCCGUUUAGCCAGAUUCUCAAGUUUUGUAUCCAUAUUUGAUUCUAUUUGGCUUGUUAAUUGCAAUUAUUGCACGGCUUUUUUUCCUCAUUGAAAAUCUGCGAUAUUUUCCUCAACAUUCCAUGUCCUUUUCCAUUGUGAUGUUCCUCGAAUUCAUUUUUGUUUUGUUUUUUAAUGAUAUUGUAGGAGGCAAACAUUCUUAAAUGCUUUCAUUCCACGUGGCGUGCAAAUUACAUUUGCUGUAAAAUAUUUCCAGACCAAGAUGAUGUCCAGCAACGGCACAAGUUUUCCGAAUUUCUUCCUGCUGGGUUUCCCGGGCCUGGUACCUCGGUAUCACGGUGCCGUGUCGGCGCUGCUCCUUCUGGUCUUCCUGGCCAUCGCCGGCGGGAACAUCUUCAUUCUGCUUCUCAUCAAGUUGGACCGAAGGUUGCACAAGCCCACCUUCCUCAUCUUCUGUCACCUCGCUCUCACUGACCUGCUCUUCGGCACCGUUACGUUGCCUCGAGUCAUCUGGAGGUACUGGCUGGGCGACGCGUGGAUGGCGUUCCGCGCCUGCUUCACGCAGAUGUACUUCGUGCACUUCCUGGGCGCCACGCACUCCUUCGUCCUGAUGCUGGUGGCGCUGGACCGCUUCGUGGCCAUCUGCGACCCGCUGCGCUACCCCGCCGUGGUCACCAACGCCGUCGUCACGGUGCUCGGCGGCGUCUCUUGGCUCAUGCCCGCCUCCUGGAUGGUGGGCGUGGUCACGGAAGCCAUCGCGCUGCCCUUCUGCGACUCGCCAGUCAUCCGCCAGUGCUACUGCGACCACUUCAGCAUCACCAGGCUCAGCUGCGACCAGUCCCAGGUGGAGUGGUUGGCCUUCCCCCUGGCCAUGUUCAGCCUCCUCUGCCCGCUUUCCUUCAUCAUCUUCUCCUACUGCGCCAUCAUGGCCACGGUGCUCAAGAAGUACGGCGGUGAGAGUCGCGGCAGGGUGCUGUCGACGUGUUCGCCGCAGCUGCUGAUCACGGGCCUGUACUACACGCCGCGCUGCUUCGUGUACAUGGCCAACAAUCAGGGCUUCCACUUCAGCGAGUUGGUGCGCAUCGUGGUGAUUAUGGUGUACAGCCUGCUGCCCGCCGCCGUCAACCCGCUCAUCUACUGCUUCAAGAUGCAGGAGAUCAAGGAGAACCUCAAGAGGAAGUUUCACAAAAGGAAGGCAACAUGCCCGGCCGGCCGCAUCGUAGUCGCUUCUUCCUAACUUUUGGCAUCCUCAUUCAACGUUUUGGGACACAUUUUCUCCCCAGUUGCUAAAAAUAUGCAACAUUUUUUAUUUUUUGCACUUUUCAAAAUUUAUCCAGAUUGUUCAUGUGUUUUCUUGAACUUACAAUCCUUAUUGAAGCUUAUAAAGCUUGAGAAA